AUGAUUCGGCCACAGAUCAGGCAGAUUACUCUGCAAUGUGAACGUGCGAGAUUUGGUCUUUACGCGCCUGUUCGGCCGUUCUCCUGUUCCCGGACACAGGCUGCUGAUGAUCAAACCAAACCAUUCGACGCAAAGCCCAACGCUCGUCCUUCAUCAGACGCACGCCCCCGCCAGCCUCGCCAACCUAAUGGCCCUCAUGCUCGUCCCAACCAGAAUCAAUCUCGUCCUGCCCGAGUGGUUGAUGCCAGAUCGUUUGCCGCAUCCAAAGCUACCAGUGGAGACCAGCCCAAGAUCAUUCGUAGCCCGAGAAUGCGCACCGCUCGUGGCGGCAACAAGGGCCCGAAAGGCAAAGGCAAACCCUCUGCUAAGGUUAAGGGACCGCGAAAGAUCCAGCGCUCGGACAAAGGUUCCUUCAAUGCCGAGUCCGUCGCGGCCGAAGAGGCUGCCAUUGAGGCCGUUCAGCAAGAGCACAUCUUGAAAGACCGGCCCGUUCCUAUUCGCUAUGAGCCUCAGGGCAUCACUUACGCUACAUUGAGGGAGACUUGGCCUUCAAUUCCAAUGGACACGAAGUCACGCUCAGCUGCCGUUUACGAGAAGCUUGUCAGUCUUAGCGGUCGCUACGCCAAUGGCUAUGUCGCGCCGCAUGAGCUUGGAAGACGCCUCUGGAAGGGUCAAAAUGUUCUUUUCAGCAGCGAGGCCGAGAAGGCUGAGGCUCUAGAGGAGACUAAGCGAUUGGCUCAGCGUCGUGCAGACCAGAUCUCACAGCGCAAGGGUGACCUUGUGGAGCCUCGCACUGUUGAAUUCCGCCCCAUCACUGCGGAGAACACCAAAAUUCUGAUGGAAACACUCGUGCAGGGAAAAUACCCUGUGGUCGAGGCUAAGAAGGAGGGACAUGCUGUACUGAGCGAGGUGACAAGGAAUCUCAUGAACAAUGGCACAUACCAUACAACUGGGAAAACUUCUCAAUUCAUGGCCAAGCUCGAAUCUCUUGUCUCUAGCGGCAACAAGCGUGCCUGA